AUGAUUGUUUUACUUGUUAUUGAACCCGUUCAGGCAGGCACACGAUCGAUCACAGUGAAAAACAAUUGUCCAGAGAAGAUUUCGAUUGGGGUACUGACAAAUGGUAAAGCAAAUCCAGAUCAACGAUUUGAUUUGACACCACAAGGCACACGUACGAUCAGUGAACCGGAUACAUGGGGAGGUCGUUUGUUUGGUCAACCGGAAUGUGUAGGAGCAGGUAACAAUGGACCUCAUUGUGGGAAUGCUGGUGCCAGUAAUCCAGCUACCUUGGCUGAAUUCUUUUUUAAGGGAGCUAAUGGUGCUGAUUACUACGAUAUCAGUCUGGUGGAUGGAUAUAACAUCCCUGCCUCCAUCUCUCCACAAGGAAAAGGUGGUUCAGGAAAGGAUUGUGGGACUUCUAAUUGUCAAAAAUUGCCCAAUUGUCCUCCCAAUCUGGCUAUCAAGGAUGGCUCUGGAAAAGUCAUUGGUUGUCAAUCCUCUUGCUCCAAAACAGGGAAUCCUCAAGACUGUUGUGUUGGUCAAUAUGAUGGUCCCGAUAAAUGUAAACCUGAUAAACAAGCUGAUAACGUUAAAAGUGCUUGUCCUGAUAGUUAUAGUUUUGCUUAUGAUGAUCAAACAUCAACUUUUAGUUGCAGUAAUCCUACUGGAUAUACUCUCACUUUUUGUUAA